GGCAGCAUAAGCCUGUCCGGGACUGUCGGCGGUGCAGGUUAUCACUGACGCUGACUUGAACAGCUCCGCUACACUUAGCCAAUGUUUAGACUAGUAGCCGGGUGAUAGUCGACAGCCUGUGUAGUGUGUACACAGGGGAAAUCAGUUGAGAGCAGCUUUCAUUUCUGACUGAAUCGAAUAUAGUCAGUCGUUUUUCACCAUGAUAAGUACACCAGAACCAAGAGUCAUUGAUUUUUAACGGCGAGCUGAGGAGCUAACAUUAUGCCCGUCCGUUAUUCGUAGGAGAAUGCUGUAAUGUUGGCGAACUAACCAACGUUAGCUUAUCCUUGGGUUAGCAUUAACGCUAGCUAACAAAAAAGCUAACUUGGACUUGAACUCCGCAACUCAUUCUGAGUUUGACAGGGGGAUCUAGUUGAACGUCAAGUAAGAUUAAACUUUCUCUUCGCUAACGCAACGUUAAGUCAGCCGGAUUUCUACUUCAAUAGAAAUUCAUAUUGGACGUUUAUCAGGGAGCUGAAUGGCCUCCGUUGUGGCAGUGAAAACUGAGAAGCGACCUGCAGCUGACUCUCAGGAUGUGGACUCAAAUGCGAAAAAACCAAGGAUUUGGGAAGCACCAUCAAUGGAACCAUCAUCACUCAAUCUCUGCCUGCCCCAAAGGAAACUGCUGCCCAGCCUGAAGACUAAGCGAGCCCCCGAACUGGUCCUGGUGAUCGGCACAGGGGUAAGCUCUGCAGUGGCCCCCCAGGUCCCUGCCCUCCGCUCCUGGAAAGGUCUUAUCCAGGCCUUGCUUGAUGCAGCCAAUGACUUUGACCUAUUAGAAGAGGAGGAGAGUCGGCGGUUCCAGAAACAUCUACAGGAAGACAAGAAUUUGGUGCAUGUGGCCCAUGAUCUCAUCCAGAAACUUUCCCCGAGAACAGGCAACGUACGGUCCACAUUCUUUAAGGACUGCCUGUACGAGGUGUUUGACGAUUUGGAGUGCAAAAUGGAGCAUGCUGGGAAGCAUCUUCUGCGCUCGGUGCUGCAGCUCAUGGAGAGUGGCGCGCUGGUCCUCACUACUAACUUCGACAACCUGUUGGAGAUCUAUGCAGCUCACCAGGGCACCAAGCUGGAGUCUCUGGACCUCACAGAUGAAAAAAAGGUUUUGGAGUGGGCACAGGAGAAGCGAAGGCUAAGUGUUCUGCACAUCCAUGGUGUUUACACUAACCCCAGUGGUAUUGUACUGCACCCUGCUGGCUACCAGAAUGUACUGAGGAACACUGAAGUUAUGCGUGAGAUCCAGAAGCUAUAUGAAACCAAGUCCUUUGUGUUCUUGGGCUGCGGGCGCACAGUAGACGACACAACCUUCCAGGCUCUGUUCCUAGAGGCAGUGAAACACAAAUCAGACCUGGAGCACUUCAUGUUGGUGCGGCGCGAAGAUGUGGGCGAGUUCAAGAAGCUGCGAGAUAACAUGUUGGACAAGGGCAUCAAGGUCAUCUCCUAUGGAGAUGAGUAUGGUGACUUGCCUGAGUACUUUGAGAGGCUGGCCAAUGAGAUCUGCAACCGUGACAUGUCUACCAACGGCUGGGGGUUUCCCUUGCAAAAUGGGGAUGAACAGCAGAACGGCUUCAACACACAGAAAAGCCUCCUUCAAGACUAUCGUUCUUGACAGGCUCACAGUCGGGAUCAGUGUCAGUCAUUUUCCUCCACAGCUCCAUCUCCAUCAGUAGAGACAGUCUACUGCCAGUGCGUCUCGGGUCUGAUUACAUUCACUGGACUUAGGAAUCCAGGCCAGAGGAGACGUAUAUGCUUUUUUUUUUCUUGCAGAUAUCCUGUUUCAUUUCUUAUUAGUUCUUGUUGAAAAGGGAAAGGAAAGGUGGAACUGAACUGGCAACACUGCUCUUCAGCCUUAUAGCCCCCACUGUACUGUAUGCAAAUGUUCUCUGAAACAUCAGUUUUUGAGGAUGGAUAUUACAGAGAGCAUUAGACAGUGACACAAAUGUUUGUUGAAUAAGGGUGGGAAAAUGAUAAUAUGGAAUCCCAUGCUGGAUGAAAACUGCUACUCCUGGCUUUGAAAAUGCAUUAAGUAUAACUCCAUCUCUACAAAUCUACAUCACUGUUAAUCUACACCCUCACUAAGAUGCUCUGGGUGAAAACUGCUGUCACACAGCUGAAACUGAAAAGUCUGUGUUUGUGUGUGGAAUGUAUAAGGUUCUAUCUUAUGCUGAACCCGAUACCAGGAAGCUAGAUUUGCACAUUGUGGGGUUGGGGGUUUGGCGUGGGUGGCAAACACAAGUGCAUGAUAUAAUGUCCUCAAAUUCAUCCGAGCACAAUUCCAUAAAUGACAGGCACCCUGCCAGUAGCAAUCACUUUGCCACUCCUGUACUGAGAAAUAGUAAAGUUGUAUACUGUUCUUUGUAAGCCUUUUUGUAUUUUUAAUACUUGCAUGUGUUUUCUGACAUCUUUUAGUAUUUAUAAGUGCUAUUUUCAAAAUAAAUACUUUGGUAUCCCAA